UUUUGUUCCUGCAGCCUGACAUUCCUUCUGCAUUUGUACGGCUCUUGUGUUGGUUUGUUUAUAUAUAUCUUUGUGUAGUUUACUGCAUAUUACAUUGUUAUGGAACCAGGGAAUUGCUUGAUCUCCUCGGGAUGCCAAGAAGAUAUAGAGCCAGACGUUGAUUCAAACCAAACUUCAACUGCAUGUCAUGAAAGCCAGACGAAUGCCAGUAGAGAAGAGAAUCAUUUCGACUUUGAAUCUUUACCGCACGUCGUUCUGUUAACUAUAUUAUCAUGUCUUAACCUAAAGGAUCUUGGACGAGCAUCUUGUGUUUCGAAAUAUUUGAAUUAUUGCUGUAGUUACCCAGGUUUAUGGACGAGAGUAGACCUUAGUAAUCGAAAACACGUUGAUGAUGCUGUGUUGUUGCGCAUUGUGCACAUCGGUAAAAACCUAUCAGUACUGGAUAUCUCUGAAGCUAUCAAUAUAACAGAGCAGGGACUUCUCGCAGCCCUUAAAGAGUGUAGUGCAUUGGUGGAAUUCAAGGCUGUUAGGUGUUACUAUGUGUCAAAUGGCUGCUUACAAGUGCUUGGAGAGAAGUGCCUUGGUUUAAGAAUCAUAGACCUCAGUAUGUGCCGGGUCACAGACGACGGCAUUGGUCAGCUUUGUCAAGGCUGUAUAAACCUAGAGCAGAUAAGAUUGAAUCACUGUCUUCAACUAACCAGUCAAACCCUAAAACACAUUGCAAAUCACUGCWGUCAAUUGAAACUCUUAUCGGUAGAAAACAACAAGUAUAUGAAUGAUGAUGGAGUAGAGGAACUAGUUUCCAAGUGUAAAAAACUGCAAAGACUCCAAUUAAAUUCAUGUGGAAUCACUCGACAGUCCAUAAGCAACAUUGCAAUUCACUCUCUUGCUAUGUCUGUAUUAGACGUCCGUUAUUGUACAUCAUUGGAUGAUGAAAUAGUUCAAAAGCUUGUUUUAAGCUGCAAAAAUUUACUUAUUUUAAAUUUAAGCCUGUGUUUUAAAGUGACUGAUGUAUCAGUUGGAUAUAUUUGUCRGCACUGUACUCAACUYAAAAGCUUGUACUUGGUUCACUGUGGUAUUACCGAUGAAGGUYUAAAAACACUUUCUUCAAGUUCAUUAGGACUGCAAUGGAUAGAUGUAAGCUGGUGUCAGGAGAUAACAGAUGAAGGUGUCAGGGUACUUUUACAGGGUUGCAAAACCCUUCAUCAUUUAGGUAUUGUUCGGUGUGAUCGUGUAACGACAAACACAAUUCAUGAACUAUGUCUGCGCUAUCCAACAGUGUAUAUAAGUUCAGUUAUAACAGAAAUGGACCGUUUCUUGAAAAGAGCAGAAUAUGGRAACCCUAAUCAUGGACCAAAUCAGCAAUGAAAAAAUGGAUGUAUAUAAAAUUUAGUUUUAUUAAUUAUGAACUGUAUGAAUUUUAUAUCAAUUUAGUACAUAAUCUCAUUGUUUUGAAGCAGUCAUUGUUUCCCAUAACCCUUGUCUUUAACCAGGGAGUUUUUUAAUUCUCCAGUGAAGAGUGGGGCUGAUAAAUUAAUUGUUGCAGUCACAUAAUAUAUGGUAAAGAGGUCAUUAUUGGCUGUGAUGAUGGUCUGUUUUCCUCUUCACAAACCACAAGAGUAGAGCGGAUUUUGUAUGACUGUGCAAUAGCACAGAUCACAACAUGGACACGGUCACGGAACCUCGCCUUCUAGGAUUCCAAAUAAAAAUAAGGAAUCAAGAAUACGKCACGGCACGGUACAGACACGGAACGAAAGUGCAGUAUUUUUUCUACAGUCAUACGAAAUCCGCUCUAACCAGUUAUCAAUACCACAACAGAGUGAGUAAAAAACACUGAAAUAGAUAGAGUACAAACAUAAAACUGUGCAAUAUAAAUACCACUAAAUACUGCUAAAUUAUGCUAAUUCUAUUGUUCAGUUGUCACUAUKUAGCAGUAAAUAAUGCCAAGUGUUGAACACAGUUAGUGUUUGUACGUUAUCACACUAAUACUUUUUAGUACGCUUUGUUUUGUUUUCUUUUGUAUCUAUUUGACUAUCACACUUUAAUAGUCACAUUUUUUUUCACGGGUUUAAUGACUUCAAUGUAACAAAACGUUUUAACCCUUUUGCUGGUACAGUGCCUGAAACCUCCCAUAUCAAUACAGUACUCUAUAGUAAAAGCAUUUCUUUCUGA